GAGCCCGCGAGUUACGGUCACACUGUUAGCUUCAGCAUUUUGCGCGGAUCUGUAAUUUUUAUUUGCGAAUUUUGGAAUUGGUGUUUUGCAAAGUUUAAAGUGCUGUUUUGAUCGACAAUACGUUUUUCUAUUACCUGUUGAGGUGAAAUAAUAAUUAAUCAAAAACUGAUAUUUCUGUGCUCGCUGACCAAGAAACAUGUCCGCUGAAGCCGAAGCCAUUGCCACAAAGGAUGUUGUUGAUGCAACGCCAAUCAGCAAGCCUGUGUCUGCGGAGCCCGUGGCAGCUGACACCACACCGGACAACCCAUUGGGCACCACCGAGGGAACCGGCAAGGCCGAGCAGGAACGUGCAGAGAAAAUACUCAAGGGCAAGGAGCUCUUCAGCCAGGGAUCGCGCAACUUUCUGGUAAAGAGCUAUGACGAGGCCGCCGACGAGCUCAGCCAAGUGUGCCAGCUCUACGAGGAGGUCUAUGGCGAGCUUGCCGAUGAGCUGGGUCAACCCCUCCUACUCUAUGCCAAAGCCCUUAUCGCUAUGGCCCUGGAUGAAAAUAAAGUAAUUGAUGUGCCGGACGAGGCAGCUGAUGAGGAUGACGAGGAUGUGGACGAUGAUGAGGAGGAGGGUGGUGAAGAAGCCGACUCCAAAAAGGAGUCAAAGGCUUCGAAUGGGGCCGGCAGCACAAACGGAAAAGUGUUGGACAGCAUUAAGGAGGCCUCCGACGAGGCCGAUUCCACCGGAGAAGCGGAACAGGCCCAGCCGGAUGACCAGAAGGCCAAGAAACCGCCCACGGGAGUAGACGAAGUCAGCAGCAGUAAUGGAGGCGGAACAUCGGCAGUGAAUGAUGACGAGCGUCCAAGCACAUCGAAUGGAGAGGCCACCACCAGUGGUGGCUCUAAUGGAGCCACCGCCACUGGGGAGGAGGAGGGCGAAGAAGAGGAGGGAGUCAGCGGCAGCCUGCAGCUGGCCUGGGAGAUUCUGGAGGCGGCUGCUAAAAUCUUUUCCCGCCAGGGCCUCAGUGGCCUGCCUUAUUUGGCAGAAGUGCAGACCGAACUGGCCAACAUUGAAUUCGAGAAUGGCAUUCUAGAGGCCGCUCGUGAGGAUUAUGAAAAAGCUCUUAAAAUUCAUGGCGAGCUACCCAACCAGAACCGUCGCGCCCUAGCCGAGUUGCACUACAAGAUCGGGCUGACCUACUUGAUGCAGCAGUUGAAUAAGGAAGGCGCGGCAGCCCUGCGACAGUCGAGCUCAUUGAUUGAAGAGGAGAUAGCCGAGAUCAAGGCCAAGGAUGAGCCAAGUGAGCGCGAAAGGAAUAACAUGCUUGACUUGGAGGAAACCAAGCAGGAGAUUCUGGCCAAGAUUCAGGAAAUCGAAGAAAUGCAGGCUCAGACCAUUGCGGAGGUGCGAGCUGCUUUGGACAGUUACAUAAAGCCGAUGAGCAGUGGUGAUGGUGCUGCUGCCGCCUCUUCGACAUCCUCGUCCUCUAACGGAGCCGCCAGCUCCUCCUCGAGCUCGGCCAGUGGCUCAGCGGCAGCCUCUUCGUCGGCCAUCAGCAGCAGCUCGGCCAAGCCCACAGACAUCACGCAUCUGAUCAAACGCAAGAAGCCCGAGGAGCCCAGCUCGGAGGCCGAAGCCCUCUGUUCGCCGGCCAAGCGACCCGCCGUCUGAGCGGACAUUCCAGUUUUCUAGUGGCUCUCCACGGACAAACAAAAGCCCCCGCGUCUUUCACAUUUGCUACUUAAACACCUCACGAUUACAUACAACCAUUACAACCACUGUCCUAGCCCCCGCCCCGCUCCUAUUUAUGCUAUUUGUUUGCUGUUUUUUAAACCAAGUCUCUAAUUCUAAGAUUACAAUCACAACUAGUGCUAAGUGCGUACGUAAAGAAAUGUUUUGUAUUAAACUAAAAAAAAAAAACCAAGAGGAAACAAAAGAUGUAAACAAUAAAUACGAUAAAUUGCCUCACAAA